AUGGGGAAGGCUGCAAACUUGAGAUCGCUGCCUAAGAAGAAAUGGCAAAGACAAGAGGAGGAGGACAAGUUGGUUUUCGUCGGAGUAGAUAAUUUAGUUCUAACGCCAACGAGAAGAAGUAGUAGAAUCAAGAAAGUGGCUGCUCAAGAUGAUGAGGUAGAAGAUGUAACUCUUGAUGAAGAUGAUGAGGUAGAAGAUGUAACAUCUUCUCAAGAUGAUGAGGUAGAAGAUGUAACAUCUUCUCAAGAUGAUGAGGUAGAAGAUGUAACACCGGAAGAUGGUGGUUUUGUGGAAGAAGAUAAGGCUGAUCAUGCUGAGAAGGCAAUGUCUGAAGAUGAUAAAGACGAUGCUGGGAUAGAAGGAGAGGAUGAAGAAGAUGGAGUACUCAAUGAGAAAGAGAAUGAAGAAGAAGCGGCCAAUAUGGAAGAUGAUGGAGUUCUCAAUGAGAAAGGGAACGAAGAAGAAGCUCUCGAUAUGGAAGAAGAUGGAGUUAGCAAUGAGAAAGGGAACGAAGAAGAAGCUCUAAAUAUGGGAGAAGAUGGAGUUAGCAAUGCCCAAGAUGAUGAGAUUCCUAAUUAUGGUCACAUUCAAUGA